AUGGGUGAAUCCCUUUUACAACAAGGGAACCCAAAUGUGACUAAAGAUGUGAUUAAAGACCCUUUCAUUUAUUCCUGGGACGCAGCCCCUUUUCAUCCAAGCUUCAUCAAAAUUAUUCAGUUGACAAUCUCGGUGUGUAGCCCGCUUGGAUCCGUCACCGUGCCCGCCGACGGCUGCCUGAGCGUGCACAGCCCCAGAUACCCUUUUGCGUACUUUGACGGCCUCUCUUGCGCCCUCAAUGUCUCAACGGAUUCAAGAUGUCAACUCGUCGUAGAUUUCUGUGACGUAGCUCUUGAGAAGUGUAUGUUCGACACGCUGCGGAUCGACGGAGGAAACGCAAGUGGCGUCGCCUGCGGCCACAUGGACCCUGCCCCUGUGGCCUCCUUGGACAGCAGCCUCGACUUCACCUUCUCGACAGACAACACGCAGCGCAGCCGAGGCUUUCGCUUGGCAGUAACUUCAUCUCCGUCAACUACAACAUCAACUUCAACCACAACUACUUCAACUACUACGGCAACUCCUCUACGUUUCUGCUUUCCUGCAGAGAUUUACGAAAUGUGCCAGUGUGAUUACACCAAUGCAACUGCGGGUGAAAUAGUCUCCCCGAAUUACCCGAACCAGUAUGACAACUAUCAUGACUGCCAGAUGCGGAUCGUGGUUCCAGAGGGCUACAUCAUCAUGUUCACUUACUUACUGUUUCAAUUAGAGUAUCAACAUGACUGUCUUUAUGACAGCUUCCAAAUCUACGACACUAUUUUUGUGGAUGGGCCUAGAUUCUGCAGUGCCAAUACUCCGAACUUCACUGUCUCGUCGACCAACGACGUGACCAUAGUCUUCCAUACAGAUUCCAGCGUUGUUACUAAUGGGUUUCGACUUACCUUUGAAAGCGUGGCAAUCUAA